UAUUAUUGAAAAUUUUUUUAAAAUUAGAAGGUGAUUUUUUCGUCGUCUCUGUGGUUUUAGCAGCCUUUUUUACGGUCCCUCGUCUCACGGAAGUGCGCUUCCCAUUCACACGGACUCCGAGAAACUCAGGAAUUUUGCUCAAAAUUGCCCGCUCCGUCAACUUUUUAUCCUCUCACCGUGUAUAUUUUUCUGUAAAAGGUCAGAGAUUUUUAAACAAAGUGUAGCUAACUGCUGAUGACACACUAAUUCUUGGAACGCGAUACUUAAAACAAGAAAACAAAAGCAAAAAAGUCGCUCAGUUGUCGUUAGACCACAAUAGACGAAGGCACGAAGUCGCGAACGAAGCGCUGUAAUUAAUCCAGAUUAUUGAUUGCGAUAAGAAAAGCUCGCUCAUAAAAUAUCUCGUCACAAGUCGAAGUCACAGUUGAUCGUCUUCUCUCGUUGCGAAACUUACGACUCAGGAAAAUGGUUGGCAAGGUCGAAGCACUAAAUAUAGACAAGCUCGCGUUCAUGAAUCAGAGUCAUGUGCGGAUGAAGGAUCGCAAGAAGGUAGAGGCGAUGCUCAACGAUUUGGUCGACGGAGGCAUCAGGAAGUUGCAAGUCGUGACAGAUUUCGAUUUUACGCUCACGAAACAGCGAAUGGACAAUGGCGAGAAGGUUCUUACGAGUUUCGGGAUGUUUGAGCGAUGCAAGUCGCUGCCGCCGAGUUAUAUCGUGGAGGCGCGAAAAUUGUAUGACAAAUAUCGCCCGAUCGAAAUCGAUCCGCACAUGACCUUGGAACAAAAGUUGCCUUACAUGAUCGAAUGGUGGUCUGCGAGCGGGAAUAUUCUCAAAGGAUUCCGCCUACCUCGAAAGGAAAUCGAAGAAGUAGCGGAGCACUUUAAGAACGCUUUACGAGACGGAACGCACGAAAUGUUCCGCGAAUUGUACAGCCACAAUAUUCCGUGUCUUGUUUUCUCAGCUGGAUUGGGAGAUUCUGUUGUAUCUGUUUUAAAGCACGCCAACGUCUUAUAUCCGAACGUCAAGGUGAUAUCGAACUUUUUAAAGUACAAAGAUGACGAAAUGCUCGAUGGACUCGGCGAACACGAUCGCAUGAUUCACACGUUUAACAAGAACGAAACUGCUUUACCGCCGGAAUAUCACGAACUUGUUCAUGAUAGAGACCACAUUAUUCUCAUGGGCGACAGUUUAGGAGAUGCUACAAUGGCGAACGGUGUGCCUUCCCAAAGUCACAUUCUAAAAAUUGGCUUUUUGUUCGAUCAUCCGGAGCAAAAUCUCCCCGCGUAUCUCGAAAAGUUCGACAUUGUGCUCAUCGAUGACCAAACGAUGGAUGUUGCACGUGCGAUUAUUGAAUUAGUGGAAAAGGGAUCGUCAAGUGCCAACUAAGAACACCCGAGUUGUAGGCCAAUGAACGUUUUUAGCGCUUCCAUGAGAUGUAGAUUGAUGAAUUUUAGUGAUUUCGGCACUUUUUGUUUAGAAAAUUUUUUGAAAAAUUAUUUUUGCAGAGCAAUUCGGACAUGAUCAGUAUAGAAAACGACGUACUUUAAAUACGACGAACACAUUUUUAGCACAAUUUUAUCCGCAGAGAGUAUAUUUUUGUUACUAGAAUAAUAUUUAUAGGUCGAUUUGAAUUUAUUUCAAACUUUUUUAUCCUUUCCCAAGCCCACGUGAUACAAAAAAAAAUUUUUUUUUUGAACCUUGAAUUUUUUUAUUUAAAAAAAUAAUUAAAAAUUAAUUUAUAUUUAAGAAAAAUAUUUAAAAAAUUACUAAAACAUCACAAAAAUUAAAAAUUAAUUUAAAAAUUACUUAAAA